AUGCUGACGUUAGUCGUUGAUGAGAACUUGAGUCGAUUAUCUUCUGUUGAUCUUCAAGAACAUGCUAGUACGAUUAAAAAAGAGUUAUCAAAUACAACAGCAGGGUCACCUACAAAUGCAAACGGAAUGCGUAUUAAGCCAAAUCUAUUAAAUUAUAUUGGAUUCACUUGUCUCGAACAAGCCAAUUCGGGUCCAUUUGCUGAUGCACUUAUUGCUAAAGAAAUACACAAAGACUUUCUAUAUUUAAUUACAAAUGGCGGUACAAUGGAAUUGUAA